CGAAACUCAAGCGAACAUAUGUGAUGGGUGAUAAAACGGCCAUUCACGAUAAACUGACUGAUAUGAGCGCAGCAGAGGUCGUCCGGUCACCGGACCAGGAAAAUUUUUGGAAUGGUCUUGAAACCGACGGUGCCGCUUUUGCCCUCUACAGAGACGGCGAGCUGGUCGUGGAUAUUUGGGGAGGAUACGCAGAUUUUGACAGUUUGAAAAAAUGGGAGAAGGACACAAUGGGAAUGUGGUUUUCCACCACCAAAGCAGUCAUUGCACUGUGCAUUGCGUUGCUAGUGGACAGGAAGUUAAUGGACUACGACGACCUGGUGAUCAAGCAUUGGCCUGAAUUUGGUUCCAAUGGAAAAAUAAACAUUACGGUGCAAAUGAUACUCAGUCAUAAGGCCGGAUUGGCAGCUUUGGACGAAGAAGUCACGCUAGAAAUAGCAAGGGAUUGGAAAGCGCUCAGUAAGAUUCUUGAAAAGCAAAAGCCUUACUCUCCUCCUGGGCAAAGGCGUAUUUAUCAUGCAUUCACUUUCGGUUGGUUGAUGGACCAAAUCGUCAGAAGAGUAGAUCCGCAACACCGUGGAAUUGGCAGAUUCUUCAGCGAGGAAAUAGCGAAGCCUCAUGGUAAGUCCGAGUUUUCUGGUUUCGUUGUCAUAGGACUUAAAGAAUGUAAUUUAAAAUAGAU